AUGUACCAGGCUGAGAAGUUCAUCCUUGAAAUCUCAAAGGUUAAGCGGUAUGCGCCUCGCAUGGAGAGUCUGGUGUACAAGUUGUCCUUCACUUCACGUAGUGCGGAGCUCUCGGCCUCGUUAUCCCAUCUACAGAAAGCAGGCGAGGAGGUCAAGGGGAGUCGAUUGCUCAAGAUUUUGCUGGCUAUGGUGCUCAAGCUGGGCAACACCCUGAACGGCAGCGGCGAAGACAACGGGAUCAAGGGAUUCACGGUGGACUCGCUGCUGCGAUUGGGGCACACGAAGGCUGUGAACCAGAAGACGACGGUGCUUCACUACCUCGUCCGGCUCGUGAAGAAAAACCAUCCCCAGGUGCUCGACUUCCAGGCCGAGCUGCGAAGUGUCCCUUUCGCAGCGCGCGAAUCCUUCGACACUGUUGACGAAGAGUACAAGAAGCUGGAGAGGGGGCUCACGAGUCUCAACAACGAGCUGGCACUUCUGGAAAAGCAAGCGGUCGAGAGCCUGGGGCUGGAGGUCACGAUCAAGUCGAUGCAGACUGCCGCCUCCGAAAUCGAGGCACAGAUGAAGGCGCUGAAAGAAGGGAUCGACCGAGCAAGGGAGGUGUCAAGUGUGCUCGACUACUUUGGUGAAGACCCGAAGCGAAACCCGACGGAAUUCUUCACAACACUGGCGUCAUUUUGCACGCAUGAGGCCCCAGCCAAGCCGAGCAACGGAACAACUUUGAAGGUGUCGCGUCCGAUUCUGGAGCGAUCGCAGACCGAACGCGCGCUCGACACACGACAUUCCAACGAAAACUAA